AUGGCCUUCCCCGCAAUUUCAUCUACCGACCCAACCACGACGGCCUCAACAGCAUAUCCUACAGACAUAUACCAGAGACUAUGCUCCUACUCCUUCACUACAGACCCAGAGUUCAAGCUUGGAAUAGCAACUAUACUCGGCCAGUCGGGAACGCCCGCGACAGACGAGCAGGUCAACCGGACAGACGACCUGGUCGUGAAAGCGAAAUGUUUCUACUUCUCAAAGAAAUUCUCCAUCCAGCCACCAAUUGACUAUCUCUCAUACAAACAAUGGCUCCAGCAGCAACCCCUACAAACCAACGAUAAUACGCCCCCAUCUUCAAAUAUUAACACUAUAGCUACUGCCCCAGAAGCCACGUCGAUAUCUACAACACAAGAGACGUCCAAAUCGGAGGAAGAACAGCCCGUAUACCCGUCAUCUUUCGCACGUAUAGUAGAGCUCAUCACAACAGGCCAGCCGAUACCUGGUAUUCAGCAGAUACCGGACACGGUGUUGACGGGCCAGGAAACUACUAGUACCGCUCAACGGAGGCGGAAACCAUGGGAGACAGAUGCAGGGGAGCAGAAAGGUGGCAAGGAGGAGGGAAAGUGUAGUGAUAUCGUCGAGAACGGUGAUGGUAGCGGGUUAAUGGUGACUCAGUCUAUUGAUUCAUGA